CUAAGCUUUUUUUUUUGUCUCUUCUUUGUGCCUGUAGGUUGUGACUGUGUGGAAGCUAACAAGCCCAUCCAGUUGGAUGGUCCGAUGGAGCCAAAGCUGCAUGCAUUAAACUCUCCCACUGGUAUUUCUUUCUCCUCCCUUCCUCGACUUGCGAAAUCAAACAGCUGAUGUCGUCCUCGCUCUCGAGUUUCCAAGGGCUUUGCGUUCUCCUCCUCCUCUGAGCUAAGCGACUGAACAUGGUUGUUGUGAAGUCUCAGAGAUUUUGAUUGCUUCCUUAAUGGCUUCGGGGUUCCCAAGGCAGAGAGGAGACUGCCUCUGUACUCUCAAAGGAAACCGUCCAUGAGCUGGAGGAGGAACAUUGAAGCAGCAGAGGAAAGCAGGCAGAGGAGAGGAGAAGAUGGAGAAGGAGAGGAUGCCUGGUACCGUCUGGUUUGCGCUCAAGAAGUCGCUCCACUGCAAGUCUGAGCCCUCCGACGUGUACGACCCCAAGGCCAGGAGGAGUCAGCAUCACCUGGGUAGCAUCCUCACCAGGAAGCCGCCGAGGUCCGGCUGCUCCAGAUCCAUUGCCAACCUCAAGGACGUCAUCCAUGGCAGCAAGAGGCACCUUGAGAAGCCGCCCAGCUGCAGCCCCCGGUCGAUCGGCAGCAGCGAGUUCCUCAAUCCCAUCACGCACGAGGUCAUCCUCAGCAACUCCAGGUGCGAGCUCAGGAUCACCGGCUUCGGCGCCUGCCCCGACGGCGACCACCACCCUUCGUACGUCGGCACCCUCCGGCCCGGCACUCCCGGCCCUGGAGGCCACCACUACUCCCUCCAGAGCUGUCCUUCCUACAGGGGAGCACCCAACACCACUCCCCCGAGGAAGUGCUUUACGGCUUCCUCUGUUUCCAGCUCUUUAUUGCCCGCCGACGGAGGAGGAACUCACCACGCCGCUGCUGCUCCGACGCAGAGGGGUUCCCACGAACCAGAGCCACAAUUGCAAGCAAAGAGGCCCUCCAGUGGGCUGACGUGCCACAAGUGCGGCGAGCCGUUUGGCAAGUUGGAAGCCUUGGAGUCGCACCACCUCUCCAACCACGCAGUUACUGAGCUGGCGGAAGGCGACUCGUCGCGGAAGAUCGUCGAGAUCAUCUGCCGGGCGAGCUGGGUGAAGGCGGAGAACAGUAGCAUCCGCAUCGAGCGCGUCCUCAAGGUCCACAACACGCAGAAGACGCUCGCCCGCUUCGAGGACUACCGCGAAGCGGUGAAGGCGAAGGCGAGCAAGCUGGCGAAGAAGCACCCUCGGUGCCUGGCCGACGGCAACGAAUUGCUGCGCUUCCACGGCACCACCAUUGCCUGCGGCCUUGGCGCUGGCGGCUCCUCCACCCUCUGCUCCUCCGACAAGUGCAACGUGUGCCGCAUCGUCCGCAACGGCUUCUCCACGAGCAAGAAGGAGGACGUGGUCAGGGGCGGCGGGGUGGGCGUGUUCACAACUUCCACCAGCGGCCGGGCGUUCGAGGCGAUCGGCGACGCCGGCGAGGAGGACGGCGGCGGAAAGAAGGCGCUGCUGGUGUGCAGAGUGGUCGCCGGGCGAGUGCACCGGCCAUUGGACAACUACCAAGAGCUCGCGAGGCAGACCGGGUUCGACUCAGUCGCCGGAAAGGUAGGCCUCUACGCCAACAUCGAGGAGCUCUACCUGCUCAAUCCAAGGGCUUUACUUCCCUGCUUCGUGGUGAUCUGCAAAACAUGAUGCGAUUGUUGCUGAAAUUUUCCUGGAUCUUCUCCUUUUUCAGUCCAAUCCCGAAGAACGAAUCGAGUGGAAGAAAUUCACAGAAUUGUUGGUAAUUUGUGUGCGUUUGCAUUCAGAUAAAUUUGCAUUUAUUUGUCGUGUCUGGUGUCCCUUUUUGCCAGAGAAAUCAAGAUGGCAAUGCCAAUGCCAUGCUCG